GUCAAAUCUAUCCAAAUUUUACAUCUAUGGCUGAAAAAAAAUGUCAACGGCAGAGACUCCCAUAGUUCCAUUCCUUCCGAUGAUUGCCUCCUCGUCAUUGUCAUUCCUCUCUCUGAAGUUUCCUGCUUCUUGGCUUGAUACUUGAACUCUUCCAACAACAGACAGUGUGGUCUACAGUUGUCAUGUUUUCAUGCUGGAAAACCGAGAACCAUAAGAAAGCAGAAAGUGAAAGAAUAUCCUUGAUGAAUGGAAGAAUGCUACUAGAGAAGUUAAUUGCCUCUUGUGAUGGUAGGUGUAACCCUAUCAGAAUUUUUUCUGCCGAUGAGCUUAGUAGAGCAACCGAUGACUAUGAUCCUCGGAAAAUUAUCACUCAGGAUUCUGGCUAUAAGCUUUACAAUGGUCUCUUGCAUGAAAGAACCAUUUCUGUCAAGAAGUUUAAGGACAAAUCUGAACAAUAUAAGUAUUGUUACAAUGACAUAAUGUUUGCCACACAGAUGAGUAAACACAAGAACUUCCUGAAAUUGUUGGGCUGCUGCUUGGAGACUCAAAUUCCUGUCCUAGUUUUUGAACCUAUUGAAUAUGGUACGCUUGCUGGUCGUCUUUAUGGUCCUAAUAAAACCCUUUAUCAGCCUUUACUAUGGAGACAUAGGUUAAAGAUUGCAGUGGAGAUUGCUAAUGCAGUUUCAUAUCUUCAUACCGCAUUUUCCAGACCCAUUGUUUUCCGAAAUAUUAAGCCCUUGAAUAUCUUCCUGGAUGAAUGUCAUGUUGCCAAACUGUCUGAUUUCUCACUUGCGGUGUCUAUUCCUGAAGGUGAAUCCCAUGUAAAGGAUAUGCUAGCAGGGGCUUGGGGACUCAUUGCACCAGAAUAUGCCAAAACAUCUUGUUUCAAUGAGAGUCAGGAUGUGUAUAAUUUUGGUGUCUUCCUCCUCAUGCUUUUGACUGGACAAAAGGUAGUUGAUUCCUAUCGUCCUCAAGCUGGUGAGGAGUUGGGUUUAGUGGAUCAUGUGAAGAAAUUCAUUGCAGAUGAUAGGUUCUAUGAGACUGUAGAUUCCAUUAUUUUGGGAGAGGGGUCUUUGCCAGAAAAAGAUCAGCAACUGCAAGCAUUUACAUUGCUUUCCUUUAGAUGCAUUUCUGAAGCAGAUGAAGAUAGGCCAAUGAUGAUUGAUGUGGCAAAAGAGCUAAGGAAAAUGUAUAAGUGUUGCCCAUAGUAAUGAUGAGGGAUCAUGUAAGAGAUUGAGUCGAACCAAGAACUCUUUAAGAGCUAGAAUGAGCAAUUAUCCCUUUUAACUUCAAUGUUGUAACUAUAGCCCCUUUGUGAAUACUAAAUCAAAAUAACCCUAUUACUCUUGUUAAUAAGAAAUUUAGUUUAGUUUUCAUUGUUUA